GGGUAUCGAAUGAUCUCAACAAUUGGUGGGAACUCUGUGUGACAAGGUUUUUAAUGAGUUUCUAAGCAAAUCUCGUUGGUCGAUCCUUCUCUUUUACAUUUCCAUAGUACGGAAUCCGUUCCCUCGCUGCAACGCGCAGUCGCAUCUGCCCAUCUUAUACUCUACCUAGGUACCUGUAUACCUAUAUAUACUAUACACCUGUACCUACCUACCUAAGGUGACUAUAUCCUUUAUCACUUUGAUCUUUUUCAUCUUCGCCCAAUCACCUAAUAAUCAUAACCGUUAUAAUUUUUUAUGCUCUUUUAACAUGAUGGACUACUCUUAAUCUGCGUCGUCUCUCUCUCUCCUCUUACCUAGAUUCUUCCGCGGUCGCUGAGUGUCGCUUAAGGCCGUCGUAGUCUCGAAGCCCGAUCUUAGAUCUUCUGCGUUACACUACGUCGUUUCGCGACGCCCGAAUCUCCCCGCAACAACAUACUUCGGCCGAUAUCCUCGCCCGAUCGCAUCCGAGAAAAAAAAAAACCCCUCUCCCACAUAUUCCCUUCGUACUAUGCGCCUCCGCCGGGCUGCCCGCGUUAUCCUCAUAGGAGCACCUGGAGUAGGGAAAGGCACACAGUCCAAGCGACUUCUCACACGCUUUCCCCAGCUAUCAGCCAUCUCCUCUGGAGAUCUCCUUCGCCACAAUGUUAAAACCCGGACUCCUCUCGGUAUUAAGGUCGAGAAUACGAUGAAGACCGGUGGCUUGGUUUCCGACGACUUGAUAUUACGCUUAAUCACAAACGAGCUGGGCCGUCGUGGUUGGCUCUAUGGCGGACGACCGAAUUUUAUGACCCUUUCGUCGUCGUCCGAGGCGGAUACUUUCGGGUCCGCGCUCGAGGCCGAUCCUCUUGCGGGGGCAAGCUUAUCUCCGCAAGCAUCCGAAGACCCCGCUGCUUCGUUUCUACUAGACGGCUUUCCUCGUACCGCCGCGCAAGCCCAGCGAUUAGAUGAUAUCGUACCCGUUAACUGGGUCGUCUCCUUACAGACCCCCUUCGAUGUUAUAAUGGAGCGAAUAUCAUCUCGCUGGGUUCAUGAGCCGUCUGGCCGUGUCUAUAAUACCGCAUUCAAUGCGCCAAAGGUACCGGGCUUUGACGACGUGACGGGGGAACCGUUAGUACAACGAGCCGACGAUACCGAGGAAGUGUACAGGGCGCGGUUCCAGAAGUUCCAGGAGACGAGCCAACCAUUACUCGAACACUACGCCAAGAAGGGCGUUCUAUGGGAGGUUCACGGUAUGAGCAGCGAUGAGAUUAGCCCUAAACUCUAUCAAGAGUUUGAAAAUCGCUUUUUAUGAACGUGUCGGAACACUUUCUGACCAGGGAUGGGACGUGUAGGACUGGGGAAACGAAUCAAGGUUGUGUAUGAUGGGAUUUUUACAUGGGCAACGAAUUAAGCUCAGCUGGAGUUCAGGCGGGGGGUGGACAACGUGAGCGGAUGGGUGACCAACGCGCUCUACCUUUGCGUACGCACUACGGUGGAAUCUAGGGCUAUGGGGAUGACUUGAAUACUAUUAUAGGAAAGCGCUCUGGAAUAAAUUUACGGCUCACAAGUCGAUUCGCAGAUGAUAUUGUCUAGAUGUUGAUGCGAUCUACCAACUGACAAAGAAUCAACGCCGGAGUACUCCGGCGUGGAUGUGAUUUAUGUUCAUAAAGUCGCGUGCUUUGCUUUGCUACCUAGGUACUUGAUAUCUAAGUCUUAAAAUUUGCAGCCAUAUAAGUAAGAUCAAGACAUUAAAAGAGAGCGAUUCCAAUCGUCCUAUUAUAUCCUUGUUACAUUAAUUAUU